AUGCUCGGGGGCUCGAUUCCUACGGGGUCGCCGUGCAAUAAUUAUAAGGAGCAAUAUGCACUGCGCCGGCAGAAGAAUUUGUCAACGAUGAUCCGAGACUCCACCAUCCAGCAGUGGAGCUCCCAGGAAGCAUGGAUCAGCUCGAGCAAUGCCCCGAUCAGCCAAUGGUGGGCGCCAAAUCGGAGAUCCGGCGCGAUCGCAUAG